AUGGAACCUGUACGUUACGGUCGCGUUCCAAAAAGAACUCGUGAUAUAGGAGGCAAUUCAAUUGUCGACGAUUUAUCAAAUGGUAUUGUCGUGAAUAGUAAUCAGCAGAACGCAAGUAUUGUCUUGACAAACAUUCGUGUCGUCAAUUCUGUCAGUUCAUCUUCGUCAACCGCCCCUACAUCAACGCCCAUUGCCACCAGCACUUCAACGACUUAUUUGGCAUCAUCAAAUGAUAUAGGCAGCGGUCAAACUGCCCUUUUGAAGGCAACAUCUGAUGUUGAUUCGAUGGAACAUCAACGUAUUUUCCUUUGGCAACAAUAUGCCCUCCGUAUGACACCGCUGGUGCAACGUGUCGUUGAGUUUGCAAAACGUGUACCUGGAUUUUGUGAUUUCACACAAGACGAUCAAUUAAUAUUAAUUAAAUUAGGAUUUUUCGAAGUAUGGCUGAAUUAUAUUGCAAAGACAACCACCGAUAUGACGCUAACAUUCGACGAUGGUACGUUCUUGACACGACAACAAUUGGAGAUUAUUGACACAGAAAUUGGAUUAUAUUCAGCAUUAAUUUUACUAGCAGCUGAUCGUCCCGGAAUCACAGAGCAAAAGCUUAUUCUUAAAACUCGGGAACGUGUGGCAGAAGCACUGAGAGUCCAAAUCAUCAGAUCAAGGCCUAACACAGCAAAUGCACUUCAAAUUAUGCCAGCUUUAGAAGCUAAAAUAAUGGAGUUGCGUUCACUAGGCCUUCGUCAUUUUAAUCAUCUCGAUUGGUUCCGAAUUAACUGGCAGAUGUCGUCACGAUUACCGCCAUUAUUUGUGGAAAUUUUCGAUAUUCCAAAAUCAGAAGAAGACUUGCAAUAA